GACGACAAGCAGUACCCCUUCUUCACGCAAACCUUUUCGCAGCGCAUUCCCAUCUGGCCCGCCGCCUUCGACGAGCCCCUCACCAAGACAGCCCGCGAGUACCUCGACCCGAUGCUGAACCGGUAUUCGCCCAAGUUCCGUGGUGUGCUGCUCGCGUACAAGAACGUCAACCUGUCGCACCGCCCGCAGCGUGCAGACCCGGCGCACCCGCCGACGGACGACACCCCCGUCGUGCUGGAGUCGUUUGAGUGCUACGCGCCGCCGUUCGCGUGGCUGACGGCCGAUCUGCACCUGUUCGUCCCGUCGCGGGGUGCCUGGAUGGAGGGCGAGAUCAAUCUGCAGAGCGAGGGGCACAUUGGUGUGGUGUGCUUUGGGAAGUUCAACGCGAGCAUCUCGAGGAGGAGCCUGCCGAAGGGGUGGCAGUGGCUGAAAAACCCACCUGCACCCCGCCUGCGCAGCACGGGCUACUGGGUGGACGAGAACGGGGACAAGGUCGGCGGCAAGAUCUACUUCCGCAUCAAGAACUUCUCGAGCGGGUCUACGGGUGACUAUACCUACCUCAGCCUGCAAGGCACGAUGCUGGACGACGAGGCCGAGAAGAAAAUCGCUGCCGAGGAGCGGGAGGCCGAGAGGGUCAGGCGCGUGAGGCAGAACCCCAACGGGCUGCGGUACCCGACCAUGAGGCUGCCAGAGUCCAGCAUGACGAAGCUG